CGUUUGCUCCUUCAUAAUGAAUGAAGAUUCGUCUUCUCAAAGUGAGAAAGAAGAAGAGGAAGAGCCCGGCGUGGAAAAGUACAGAAGAGGAGAGAAACUGAAGAACAUAGAGUUUGUUCGAGACAGAAAGUUGAGGAGUCAGUUGAAACGAUCUGAAGAGAAACGUGAGCUAGCUGCGACAAGAGCAGCCAAAGCUGAGGUUUUACUCGUAGAGGAAGCAGGGUAUCUUGAAGCUGAUGGAUUGGAGAAAACGUACAAAUUCACUCAGAAAGAAAUAGCAAAUGCUGUAGAUAUUGGUAGCGCCCAGAAACAAUUUGAUCUUCAUUUAGACAAGUCUGGACCUUACAGACUCAGUUACACAAUAAAUGGAAGGUAUCUUCUUAUUGGUGGGAAGAUGGGGCAUAUUGCUACAAUUAAUUGGGCAACGAAGAAGCUCGGUUGUGAAGUUCAUGUAGGUGAAACAAUCAGAGAUGUACAGUAUUUGCAUAAUGAGACGAUGUUUGCAGUGGCACAGAAGAAGUAUCUCUACAUCUAUGAUAAUAAGGGCGUCGAAAUACAUUGUGUACGAAGACAACGAGACGUCAACAGACUUGACUUUCUUCCAUAUCAUUUCCUACUCGUGACUGUGAAUGAGCAGAGCGAGUUGAAGUAUCAGGAUGUGUCUACUGGCUCGUUUGUUGCAGAAUACAAGACAAGGAAGGGACCGUGUGAUGUGCUGACUCAUAAUCCUUACAAUGCUAUCGUUCUGUUGGGUCACCACAAUGGUGUUGUGAGUAUGUGGAGUCCAAAUUCAGGCGCUCCUCUCGUUAAAAUGCUUUGUCAUCGAGGACCGGUGAGAGCGAUUGCCAUCGACAGGGAAGGAUUGUACAUGGCAACAUCGGGAAUGGACGGCAUGAUGAAAAUCUGGGAUAUUCGAACGUACAAGAUGAUGUACAAAUACAUCACAAGAUCACCAGCUGGAAACCUUGAUUUCAGUCAGAGGGGCCUGUUAGCAGCCGGACAAGGCAGCUAUGUCAAUAUUUGGAGAGACGUUUAUCGAGAGAAACAGAAGAUGCCGUACAUGAAGCAUCACGUGCUUCAUUCCGGUGUGUCCGACUUAGAGUUUUGUCCAUUUGAAGACGUACUGGGUGUUGGCCACAGACAAGGAUUCAGUAGUCUCCUCGUUCCUGGAGCGGGAGAGCCAAAUUUUGAUGCACUGGAGUCGAAUCCGUAUCAGACAAAGAAACAGCGGCAAGAGGGCGAAGUAAAAGCUCUACUAGAGAAGAUUCAACCCGAGUUAAUAUCGCUCGAUCCACACAGAAUCAACAAAGUUGACCAUACGAACAGAGAGAUACUCAUGCAAGAGAAACUGGAAAUGGAAGACAGUGAAGAGAAGUAUGAGCCACGUUAUAAGGCAAGAGGACAAAGCUCUUCUCUUAGAACAUACCGCAGGAAACAAGCACAUAUUGAAGAGCAGCUGAAAGAAAGGAAACGGAAGAAAAUGCUUGAAAGGCAAAAGGAAAGUAGAGAAGAAGAGGCUAAUGUGAAGCGGACAGCUCUUGACCGGUUUACUAGAAAGAAACUUUAAAUUAAAUAAUCGACAAUAAAGUAGAAAUUAGUGGGAUG